AUGUCCGAUAGAUACGGUAUUGUUGUUGAUGCUGGAUCAUCCGGUUCCAGACUACAAAUUUAUAGAUGGACUGACCCUGCGACGUUGGCAUCUGAUAAAUCUUCACCCUCUGAAGUGUUACACUCAGUGCCAAACAUUAUCCAAGAAAAAGAAUGGGGGUAUCGUGUUAAUCCAGGAUUAUCGUCAUAUGCUAAACGACCCUGGAAGAUCUGGAAUUCCCACCUUAAACCUCUCAUCAAGUUUGCGGAGACCAUUAUUCCCGAGGACAAACAAAAGGACACUCCUAUAUUCAUCCAGGCAACUGCUGGAAUGAGACUUCUUCCAGAAAAACAACGAAACAAGAUUCUAAGCAAUACUUGCGAUUCAAUCAGGCACCAUAGCAAGUUUCAAUUAAACUCUUGCAAGGAUCAGAUUCAAGUGAUAGAUGGCGACACUGAAGGUAUCUAUGGAUGGAUGGCUCUAAAUUAUCUUGAAGACAAGUUUGAAAACUUUGAUUCGAGCAAUGGCAUCAAUUCUCAUGCGACGUUUGGUUUCAUGGAUAUGGGUGGUGCGUCAACUCAGAUAGCAUUUGUGCCUUCAAAAGAAUCAGAACGUGAGAAGCAUAGUAAUGAGCUUUACACUGUACGGUUGCGUAAUGUCGACGGCUCUUUACAGGAAUGGCCGGUGUUUGUGAGUUCCUGGCUUGGAUUUGGUGCAAACGAGGCUCGUAGAAGACAUCUUCGAAACCUUAUUAUGUCCUUACCCGAAGGUGUCAACUAUGAUACGAAUGGGGACUCCACUUACGAUAUCUCUGAUCCGUGCUCCCAGAAGGGAAUGAAGAUCCAACAGAAAUACAAGGACAUUGCUUACGAUAUUACCGGUUCCGGCGAUUACAAGCAAUGCUUAAGGACUAUUUAUCCGUUGCUUCUUAAACAUUUACCCUGCAAGGAAGACUCCUGUCUUUUCAACGGUGUUUCUGCACCAGCCAUAGACUUUGACAAAGAUAGAUUUGUCGGAAUAAGCGAAUACUGGUACACAGCCAAUGAUGUAUUUCAUAUGGCCGGGGAUUAUAACUUUAAGGACUUUGAACAGCGGCUCAAGGGUUUUUGUGAAGCAGACUGGUCACAGGUUGAGCAGAACUACGAGAAUGGUAAAUAUGGUGGUAAUAUCCAAAUACCUCUUCUAAGGGAUUGUUGUUUCAAAGCGUCCUGGGUUGUUAACGUUCUUCAUGAAGGCUUUGGACUACCUCGUAUUGGCUUUGAGGCAGAUGACAGCAACAAUAAUGAUAACAACAACUAUGAGGAUCUCAAGCCCGCAUUCCAAAGCGUGAACACAAUCAAGGGGGCUGAGCUUAGUUGGACGCUAGGAAAAAUUCUUCUUUAUGCUUCUUCACAGACUCUUGCUCCCAUAUAUUCCGCAUCAGUGGGUGUCUACCCAAGUGAAGCAUACACUUUGAAGGUUGAAGAACAAAGACAAGCAGACUACGCUGCUCAGAGAGACAGAGAGUCUCUAUUUGGUUUGGGUCCUUGGUGGGUCAUCGUUUUAUUUAUCUUUUCUAUCAUGGGCAUUGGCUUCUUUCUGGUUAAAAAGCAUCCGAAGUCCAAGAAUUUGUUGUUGAGAAUGAGCAUCAAAUUGCAGGCGGUUCUUACAAAGUUCAAAUCGCAUGCUACUAGUGCAUAUUCUCAUAUUGCUGGAGGCAGGAACGAUUUAGGGGUCAAUGAGGAAACACAAGAGCUCAGCGAACUCGAAGAAGGCCGAUUUAUGCACCAUUCCGAUUCCGCAGCGGACUUGAGGUCUUCAACUUUGAGAACACGAUCCACUGCAAACCUCCAGGAUCUAAAAUUCGAGUCAUUUUCUCCCUCACCGUCUUCACCUCCUCUUUCUUCCAGAAACAAAUCUCAACCCGGCAUACCACAUUCUCAAUCCUUUUCUACAUUUCCUCUUCGCGCAGGAUGCACUUCUGAUGAUCUGAUGAGCAAGCGGUUUCCGAGUCCGCGGUAUCCCUCUCAAAAUACGAAAUUAGCCGGUAGCCUACAGGACUUUAUGUCUCUAACUAACCGACAAGAUCGAUGA